GUCAGGAAAACCCCAGACCUCUCUCUCUCUCGCUCUCUCGCUCGCUCUGGGUGAGUGGGUGUCUGAGCUCCAAAAACCCCAGGCGGCUCCCUCUUUCUCGCUCCCUUUCUCUCUUUCUCGGUGAGUCGGAAAUCUUUUCAUCGCACAGGCGCAACUCCCACCAUUUCGUCAACUGGGGCUCUUUUCAGGGGAAAAGGGUAUCGGAGUGGUUCUUUGGAUGCUUUGCUGACAAGGAUGACGAGUUCGGCAUGAGAUAAUGGUGCGGAUGGCCUGUUGUCGGUUGUCGCUGUAUCGCAUCCAUGCGUCCUGGAGGGAUCUUCAUGUUCUGGGCGGGUGGAAUCGUCCGGGGCUGGAGGCUGGUCGCAAGAUUCGGCAUAGCUGUUUCUCGACCCGGUUCCAUCAUGGUCCCCUCACCUUCUUGUCCAAAAGGGGGUACUCCAUGCUGCCUAUUUUUCCAAAGUCAGAUCCAUCAAACACUGCUGAAGGACUUCCCUUGCAAUAUAGUUUACUGAAUUCUUCCACAAGUGGGAAAGCAGUGCAGUGUGAAGGAACUGAUUCAUCUAAGCUUCAGGCAAGCGAGCCUACUAUUGAUCCAAUGAAUAAUCGUGUGAUGUUGGUUGAUGGAACUGCAAUUAUGUACCGGUCUUACUACAAACUUCUAGCAAAGCUGCAACAUGGUCUAUUGGAGCAUGCUGAUGGCAAUGCAGAUUGGGUUUUAACUAUAUUUACGGCUUUAUCUCUUCUUUUAGACGUGUUGGAAUUUGUUCCUUCUCAUGUUGCGGUGAUUUUUGACUAUGAUGGAGUUCCAUAUGGUCACACUACUGCUAUGCCAUCCAAAGAAUGUUACAUGGCAAAAGGCUUAACGUUCCGUCACAUGUUAUACCCAUCCUACAAAGGCAACCGCAAUCCUACACCCGAUACAGUUGUUCACGGUCUUCAGUAUUUUAAAGCAUCCAUAAAGGCCAUGUCGAUCAAAGUGGUUGAGGUUCCUGGUGUUGAAGCUGAUGAUGUAGUUGGGACUUUGGCUGUAAACAGUGUUUCUACAGGAUAUAAGGUGCGAGUUGUAUCUCCAGAUAAAGAUUUUUUUCAAAUAAUUUCGCCCUCUUUACGUCUCCUACGAAUUGCUUCUCGUGGACCAGGGAUGGUAUCCUUUGGAUUGGAAGACUUUGCUAAAAGAUAUGGUGCACUAAAACCUUUCCAGUUUGUUGAUGUUGUUGCUCUUGCUGGUGACAAGUCUGACAAUAUUCCAGGAGUUGAAGGCAUUGGAGAUGUGAAUGCUUUGAAAUUGAUUACUAAGUUUGGUUCAUUGGAGAAUUUGUUACUGUGUGUUGAUCAAGUUGAUGAUGAGCGUAUUAGAAAGGCCUUAAUUGCAUGUGCUGAUCAGGCUGUUCUUUGCAAGAACUUGGCAACGUUACGCUCUGAUCUUCCGUCUUACAUGGUUCCAUUUAAGACACCUGACCUAGUGUUUCAGAAACCACAGGACAAUGGCGACAAGUUCAUCACCCUCUUGAGAGCCCUCGGAGCAUAUGCAGAAGGCUUCUCGCCAGAUCCAAUAAUCAGAAGAGCAGCUUACUUGUGGAACAAACUUAAGACGUGAUGAUUUCUUGUUGAUCUGUUUACUCCCCCUCAAUUUAGGUGAUAACAAAACAACAACAAAAAAAAGGCAUUAAAGAGCUGGAGGACAGUGGUGGCGGGUAAACUCCCGCAGUGAAUCAAUGCGCAGAAGUGCAGAAACUUGGGUGAUAUGUUGCUGUCCAGUGUAUCACCAAUCAUAUCAAGCUGUUCUUGCGCUCUGACUUGUACCCUAUUCUCACAGAUCCAAAUCUCGUUGUCUCGACAACGUGCGUGAAGUUUUGUUUUGGUCCCCAAGUGGCCGAGGCAGUGGGUAUCCACUGUCGUCAUUUCUGGGUUCGUGAGAGACAUCGAGGUACAAAUAUAUCUUUUCGAUGAUUCUGGCCUUUGCUGCCACUCUCAGCUCUGACUGAAUACAGUCUCGUUUGUAUAUGAAAGAUCAAUCUGGUUUGUUCAUCUUAAUCUUAAAUGCUUUUACAUGCA